GCAUUUUGUUGCACAGACCAAUGUGAAUCCCAGCCGUGUGACCUGGGAUGUACCUGUUUCUCCAAGCAUGGAAUGUAGAUACUAGCAUAAUGUCCGUUUUACCAUUUUAUAGAAUAACUGUGAAGACUUAAAGGGACAAACUAUUCGAAGCAUCUGUAUUGAUAUAAAGUUAUCACUAUUCUUGUAGCUUCCUUUUGGAGAUUUUAAAUGAUUGUGUUUGUUAAGAUGUUAAUUAAAUUAGGCCAUUUUGCUAAAUACUCUUAAAAAUAUGGCAUGACUGCCUCAUAUAAAAUGAUAUGAUAUUCUUUAUAAUUGUCGUUGAGCCUCUGUGGGUGGCAGGCCCUCCUUUAUAUGUUAAGGUAGAAGAGUCUUUAUUCUUACUUCUCCUCCCUGGAGAGCCACUUCCUAUGAAUGCCUGCUGGUUCUCUGUAGUCAGAGGUCUUGUGGCUGUAACUUAGAGUCAGCCUCCAUAUCCCUGGGUUCUGCAUCUGUGGAUUCAACCAACCACAGAUUGAGAACAUUCAAGCCAAAAAAAAAAAAAUUCACAGUUUUAAAAAAGGAAAAGUUGAAUUUCUUGCAUGGAGUACCACAUUGAAUCUAUAUGAAUGAAGUGAUGCGUAGGCAUUGUAUAAGGUAUUAUAAGAAAUCCGGAGAUGAUUUAAAGUAUACAGGACAAUGUGUAUAGAUUAUAUGCAAAUAUUGCAGCAUUUUAUAUAAGAGACUUGAUCAUCUAUGGAUUUGAUAUCAGUGGGAGGGAGGUUCCUGGAACCAAUCCCUCAAGGAUACAGAGGAAUGACUGUAUGUUAAUUAACUGAGGCAGGUGAUCGGUUUUUUAAGCUGAUUAGGGAAACAGUAUAUAAGAACUUACUUAACUCAUAAUAAAACUAAAAUUCAACAGGGGAGAGUUAUGAUUUUUUGGCUUUAUGGUUUGUGGAAUUGCAUGUAGGUUACAUGUACAAUUUUGUUACAUGUGCAAUUUUGAUGAAAAUGCUUCCAAGGAAUGUUUAUGAUAUUUUUCACGAAAGUAACAUAUAUUAAUAACACAGUACUGGAAGUCCUGGUAUCUGUGUACUUGUCAUUGUAAUGCUACAUUAUUUGACCUUCACUUUUUUUCCCCUUUAUUACAUUAUAUGUGUGAGUAUAUUGUGACAUCUUGACUCAGAUUCCAGUGAAUUGUAUUAGGUUGGUGCAAAAAUAAUUGUGGUUUUGGUAAUUUUUAAUGGCAAAAACCACAAUUACUUUUGCACCAACCUAAUAACUAAGAUUACCAUCUUUUUUUCCUUCCUCCCUUCCUUCCUUUCUGUUAUUCAGCCAGAAGUAUCAGCAUCACUGUUCUCUAAUUUUCUUCAUGUACAUAUGGAUGAUAUUUUCGAAUGACCGCUUUUCUCUUUUGCUUUUUAUUAGACUGUUUUUUUCUUCUUGUUAAAGGAUAAAAAGAUUAGAACAUAAAAGGAUAUUUACACAUUGUUUCCCCAUUGACUUAUUCCCAAGAUGGUAGCUAAUAAACACCAAAUGAUAUAGUAGUUAAAGAUACAUUGACUCAUUUAUUAAAUAUUGCUGAGCAUUUUACGAUAUGGGAAUACCGUAGUGAACAAGCCAGGCAUACUCUGUUUCCUGAGGGGCCUACAGUUUUAUUGGGGAUAUAGAUGAGUGAAGAAAGCAAUUGCAGUGUAGGGAGAUGAGUCUUACGUCAUGGGAAAACAAGGUGCUGUAGUUGACACACCGAGAGGCAUCUGACACAUUGGGGGAAAUAUUCUAGAAUAUUUCCUGGAGAAAGUGCAGGUAAAAGCCAGACCUGAAACCUGAGCAAGAGUUAGCUAAGGCCAGGUGCAGUGGCUCACGCCUGUAAUCCUAGCACUUUGGGAGGUCGAGGUGGGUGGAUCACCUGAGGUCAGGAGUUCGAGACCAGCCUGGCCAAAAUGGUGAAACACCAUCUCUACUAAAAAUACAAAAAAUUAGCUGAGUGUGGUGAUGGGCACCUGUAAUCCCAGUUUCUUGGGAGGCUGAGGCAGGAGAAUCGCUUUAAUCUGGGUGGUGGAGGUUGUAGUGAGCUGAGAUUGCACCAUUGCACUCCAGCCUGCACAAGAGCAAGACUCUGUCUCAGAAAAAAAAAAAAAAAAAAAAAAAAAAAAGUUAGCUAGCUGAAGAGUAUAGGAAAGAAUGGGUACAGGAAAUUACAGGUGCCAAGUUAGAGAGGUGAGAGAAAUUAUGGUAUCUAUAGGUAAUUGAAAGUAAUUCAGUAUAGUGAACAUUGAAUAGGGCUGGGCGGAUGAAGGCGAAACAGAAAAAGGAAAGCAGAUGGGCCAUGGUAAGGAGUUUAUAUCUCCUCCCAAGAGCAAUUGAAGUGACUGAGAGUUUUAAACACAGCAGUGAAGUGAAUUACAUUAAAAAAAUAAGAACUUGGGCUCUAGAAUAAAAAACGGAUGUAGGAGGAAGGCAGGAGUCACAGUAGGAAUAUCUUUUGGGAGGCUGUGACAAUAAUCCAAGUGAGAGGUAAUGGCAACUUGAGUCGGUUAAUUGUGUUGAGAAUGGAGAGAAGUUGACAGGUUCAAAAUUCAUUUUUCUUCUUUUUUUGAGUCUCACUCUGUCACCCAGGCUGGAGUGCAGUGAUGCGAUCUUGGCUUACUGCAGCUUCCACCUCCUGGGUUCAAGUGAUUAUCCUGCCUCAGCCUCCUGAGUAACUGGGAUUACAGGUGCCUGCCACCACGCCCAGCUAAUUUUUGUGUGUUUAGUGAAGAUGUGGUUUCACCAUGUUGGCCAGGCUGGUCUCGAACUCCUGGUCUCAAGUCUUCCGCCUGCCUCAGCCUCCCAAAGUGCUAGAAUUAUAGGCAUGAGCUACCACACCUGACCUCAAAAUACAUUUAAUAGAGCAAGCAUGAGCCACUAUGCCCAGCCUCAAAAUACAUUUAAUAAACCAAUGGAAUUUGAGGUAAUGAUGAAAGACACAUGUCGAGGAUCAUUCCUGUGUUGUUGGCAUAAGCAACAGGGAUGAAAAGCAUUGAGGAAGAGCAAGAUUUUGGGAUGUGUUGUCACACAGUUGAUUUUAGGUAUGUUAAGGGAGGGAGACCUGUAAGACAGCAAAGUGGAGGUGGUGCAAGAAUUAGUUGUGUUGGCUGUAGCACAGAGGACAGUUUGAGUUAAGAGAGUUGGGACUGAGAAUCCCGAGGAACUCUUAGUGUUGAACAUUUGCGUGGAGGAGGGGACACCAAAGGAGUUGCCACAGACAUUGAGGAAAUUAGGAGGUGUGGUGUGCAGAAAGCCAAGUGAAGAACAUGUUUUAAGUAGGAGGAUGCUAUCAACUGUUUUAAAUUCUGCUGAGAGUUUGAGAAACUGAGGACUUAGAAUUCAUCAUUAGAUUUGGCAAUGCGCCGAUCAUUUGUAAUCUUUUAAACAAUAGUUUUGCUGUACUGGGUAGCAAAAGAGUGUCUUGAGGAGUGGUCAUUUGGAGCAUAUGCUAUUCAAAUAGAGAAGAGUCCACAGGCUUUGGUAACAUGAAGGUCCUAUAACCAUAGCAAGAGAAUGAGGUGGGUGGAAGUCAUAUUAACGUGAAUAGAGGAGUAAGUUAGAUCUGAGGAAUGUGGGAACAGAGACAGGGUCUCAUUAUGUUGCCCAGCCUGGCUCAGACUCGUGGCGUCAAGCGAUCCUCCUGCCUCAGCCUCCUGAAUACCUUGGGUUUCAGGCCUCUGCAUCUGGCUUGAAAACAACAUUUUCUCAGAAGCUUGUUUUAGUUGUUUUAGAAAUAACUAAGGCAUGUGUAAACAACUGUUCUAGAAGCUUAGUUUGGAAAGGGAACGUUUAUUGAUGCAUAUAACACUUAUAUGUUGGGUGCUUAUGUGUCAGGCACUGUUAGAGUUGCUCGGGAAAAUUUACAAACCAAGCAAACCAUGCCCCUUCAUUUCCUUUGGGUGAAGUGAGGGAGCCAUGUGGUUAUCUGAAGGAAGAGCAUAGCAGGAUUAGAGGGAAGAAAGUGCAAAGCCUCCUAGGGUGAUUGGCUGGCUCUUUUGGAGGAAUAGUGCCUAUAACUGAAUGAAAUGAGUGAGGGUAAGAGUGGCAGAAAAUGAGGCUAGAAAAGGAGCUUGGGCCACAUCACGUAGGGCCUCGUAGGCUGUGAAUCUGACUUCAUUUCUUAUUAAUGAAAAUAAAUACGAUGAUGGGUGAUGGGAAACCCAUAGAGGGUUUGGAGCAGAAGAAUGAUAUAAUUAAAAUUUUAUUUUAGAAAGAUUUUUCUGGUUGUUGUAAGAGGAAAAAUAUUUAGCCCCAGGGCAUUUUGGCAGAGAGUUAGGAGGCUAUUGUAACAGCCCAAGCAAUAGACAAUAAUUGUUUGGAUUAGGCGGGUAGCAAUAGAGGUGAUGAGAAGUCGUAGCUUCUGUAGGUAUUUGGAAGAUAUAUAUUGUGAGGGAUUUGCUGAUGAAUUCCGUGUAAAGGGUGAGAUGUAAAGAUUCGUAGAACAUUAAGAUAUUUUGGUCAGAUCAUCUGAUGAAUGGAAAGGUCAGUUAUAGUGGACAGAUUAUGAGAAGAACAGGUUUGGGUGAGAAAACUUUAGAUUUCAGUGUUGGAUAUCCUAAGUUUUAGAUGAUUAUUGAUAUCCAACAGAAUAUUUUAGUUGGAAAUAUGAUCCCAAAGUUCAAGGUUGAGGUUGGAGAUGUAAUUCAGAUCCGAUGGUAGUUAAAGCAGUGAGACUGAAUGAGAUAAAAUAGGGAGUGAAUGAAAUAAAGAAUAGACGUGAUAUUGACCUCAAGGGCACACCAGCAUUUAGAGUUUGGGAAGAUGAGGAGAGAGCAGCAAAGAGGACUGGGAGGGCCACUAAUGAAGGAGGGAAGUACAGGAGGUGUUUGGUUCUGAAGCCACCUGAAGAAAAUGUUUGAAAUAGGAAGAAGUUGUCAGUUGCUUUAAAUCAUUCGGAGAGGUUGAGUGAGAUGAGAGUCUAGAAUUAACAGUUAGGUUUGAUGGUGUGGAGGCCAUCAGUAACCUUUUCUUUCUUUUUUUUUUUUUGAGACAGAGUCUUGCUCAGUCGCCCAGGCUGGAGUGCAGUGGCGCGAUCUCCGCUCACUGCAAGCUCCGCCUCCCAAGUUCACACUAUUUUCCUGCCUCAGCCUCCGGAGUAGCUGGGACUACAGGUGCCCGCCACCAUGCCCGGCUAAUUUUUUUUUUUUGUAUUUUUAGUAGAGACGGGGUUUCACCGUGUUAGCCAGGAUGGUCUCGAUCUCCUGACCUCGUGAUCCACCCGCCUCGGCCUCCCAAAGUGCUGGGAUUACAGGUGUGAGCCACCGCGCCCGGCCCAUGAGGAACCUUUUCAAAAGCAGCUUUGCUCUACUGAUUUGGAGGAAGAAAUCCUACUUAGCGACAUGAACAAACAGUUGACUUCAAUCUCUGAGGAAGUGAUGGAUCUGGCUAAGCAUCUUCCUCAUGCUUUCAGUAAAUUGGAAAACCCACGGAGGGUUUCUAUCUUACUAAAGGAUAUUUCAGAAAAUCUAUAUUCACUGAGGAGGAUGAUAAUUGGGUCUACUAACAUUGAGACUGAACUGAGGCCCAGCAAUAAUUUAAACUUAUUAUCGUUUGAAGAUUCAACUACUGGGGGAGUACAACAGAAACAAAUUAGAGAACAUGAAGUUUUAAUUCACGUUGAAGAUGAAACAUGGGACCCAACACUUGAUCAUUUAGCUAAACAUGAUGGAGAAGAUGUACUUGGAAAUAAAGUGGAACGAAAAGAAGAUGGAUUUGAAGAUGGAGUAGAAGACAAUAAAUUGAAAGAGAAUAUGGAAAGAGCUUGUUUGAUGUCGUUAGAUAUUACAGAACAUGAACUCCAAAUUUUGGAACAGCAGGCUCAGGAAGAAUAUCUUAGUGAUAUUGCUUAUAAAUCUACUGAGCAUUUAUCUCCCAAUGAUAAUGAAAAGGAUACGUCCUAUGUAAUUGAGAGUGAUGAAGAUUUAGAAAUGGAGAUGCUUAAGCAUUUAUCUCCCAAUAAUAAUGAAAACGAUACAUCCUAUGUAAUUGAGAGUGAUGAAGAUUUAGAAAUGGAGAUGCUUAAGUCUUUAGAAAACCUCAAUAGUGGCACGGUAGAACCAACUCAUUCUAAAUGCUUAAAAAUGGAAAGAAAUCUGGGUCUUCCUACUAAAGAAGAAGAAGAUGAAGAAAAUGAAGCUAAUGAAGGGGAAGAAGAUGAUGAUAAGGACUCUUUGUUGCCAGCACCCAAUGAAGAGCAAGUUACUUGCCUCAAGAUGUACUUUGGCCAUUCCAGUUUUAAAUCAGUUCAGUGGAAAGUGAUUCAUUCAGUAUUAGAAGAAAGAAGAGAUAAUGUUGCUGUCAUGGCAACUGGAUAUGGAAAGAGUUUGUGCUUCCAGUAUCCACCUGUUUAUGUAGGCAAGAUUGGCCUUGUUAUCUCUCCCCUUAUUUCUCUGAUGGAAGACCAAGUGCUACAGCUUAAAAUGUCCAACAUCCCAGCUUGCUUCCUUGGAUCAGCACAGUCAGAAAAUGUUCUAACAGAUAUUAAAUUAGGUAAAUACCGGAUUGUAUACGUAACUCCAGAAUACUGUUCAGGUAACAUGGGCCUGCUCCAGCAACUUGAGGCUGAUAUUGGUAUCACGCUCAUUGCUGUGGAUGAGGCCCACUGUAUUUCUGAGUGGGGGCAUGAUUUUAGGAAUUCAUUCAGGAAGUUGGGCUCCCUAAAGACAGCACUGCCAAUGGUUCCAAUUGUUGCACUUACUGCUACUGCAAGUUCUUCAAUCCGGGAAGACAUUGUACGUUGCUUAAAUCUGAGAAAUCCUCAGAUCACCUGUACUGGUUUUGAUCGACCAAACCUGUAUUUAGAAGUUAGGCGAAAAACAGGGAAUAUCCUUCAGGAUCUGCAGCCAUUUCUUGUCAAAACAAGUUCCCACUGGGAAUUUGAAGGUCCAACAAUCAUCUACUGUCCUUCUAGAAAAAUGACACAACAAGUUACAGGUGAACUUAGGAAACUGAAUCUAUCCUGUGGAACAUACCAUGCGGGCAUGAGUUUUAGCACAAGGAAAGACAUUCAUCAUAGGUUUGUAAGAGAUGAAAUUCAGUGUGUCAUAGCUACCAUAGCUUUUGGAAUGGGCAUUAAUAAAGCUGACAUUCGCCAAGUCAUUCAUUACGGUGCUCCUAAGGACAUGGAAUCAUAUUAUCAGGAGAUUGGUAGAGCUGGUCGUGAUGGACUUCAAAGUUCUUGUCACGUCCUCUGGGCUCCUGCAGACAUUAACUUAAAUAGGCACCUUCUUACUGAGAUACGUAAUGAGAAGUUUCGAUUAUACAAAUUAAAGAUGAUGGCAAAGAUGGAAAAAUAUCUUCAUUCUAGCAGAUGUAGGAGACAAAUCAUCUUGUCUCAUUUUGAGGACAAACAAGUACAAAAAGCCUCCUUGGGAAUUAUGGGAACUGAAAAAUGCUGUGAUAAUUGCAGGUCCAGAUUGGAUCAUUGCUAUUCCAUGGAUGACUCAGAGGAUACAUCCUGGGACUUUGGUCCACAAGCAUUUAAGCUUUUGUCUGCUGUGGACAUCUUAGGGGAAAAAUGUGGAAUUGGGCUUCCAAUUUUAUUUCUCCGAGGAUCUAAUUCUCAGCGUCUUGCCGAUCAAUAUCGCAGGCACAGUUUAUUUGGCACUGGCAAGGAUCAAACAGAGAGCUGGUGGAAGGCUUUUUCCCGUCAGCUGAUCACUGAGGGAUUCUUGGUAGAAGUUUCUCGGUAUAACAAAUUUAUGAAGAUUUGCACCCUUACGAAAAAGGGUAGAAAUUGGCUUCAUAAAGCUAAUACAGAAUCUCAGAGCCUCAUCCUUCAAGCUAAUGAAGAAUUGUGUCCAAAGAAGUUUCUUCUGCCUAGUUCGAAAACUGUAUCUUUGGGCACCAAAGAGCAUUGUUAUAAUCAAGUACCAGUUGAAUUAACUACAGAGAAGAAGUCUAACUUGGAGAAGUUAUAUUCUUAUAAACCAUGUGAUAAGAUUUCUUCUGGGAGUAACAUUUCUAAAAAAAGUAUCAUGGUACAGUCACCAGAAAACGCUUACAGUUCCUCAGAGCCUGUUAUUUCGGCACAAGAGCAGGAGACUCAGAUUGUGUUAUAUGGCAAAUUGGUAGAAGCUAGGCAGAAACAUGCCAAUAAAAUGGAUGUUCCCCCAGCUAUUCUGGCAACAAACAAGAUACUGGUGGAUAUGGCCAAAAUGAGACCAACUACGGUUGAAAACGUAAAAAGGAUUGAUGGUGUUUCUGAAGGCAAAGCUGCCAUGUUGGCCCCUCUGUUGGAAGUCAUCAAACAUUUCUGCCAAACAAAUAGUGUUCAGACAGACCUCUUUUCAAGUACAAAACCUCAAGAAGAACAGAAGACGAGUCUGGUAGCAAAAAAUAAAAUAUGCACACUUUCACAGUCUAUGGCCAUCACAUACUCUUUAUUCCAAGAAAAGAAGAUGCCUUUGAAGAGCAUAGCUGAGAGCAGGAUUCUGCCUCUCAUGACAAUUGGCAUGCACUUAUCCCAAGCGGUGAAAGCUGGCUGCCCCCUUGAUUUGGAGCGAGCAGGCCUGACUCCAGAGGUUCAGAAGAUUAUUGCUGAUGUUAUCCGAAACCCUCCCGUCAACUCAGAUAUGAGUAAAAUUAGCCUAAUCAGAAUGUUAGUUCCUGAAAACAUUGACACGUACCUUAUCCACAUGGCAAUUGAGAUCCUUAAACAUGGUCCUGACAGCAGACUUCAACCUUCAUGUGAUGUCAACAAAAGGAGAUGUUUUCCCAGUUCUGAAGAGAUCUGUUCAAGUUCUAAGAGAAGCAAGGAAGAAGUAGGCAUCAAUACUGAGACUUCAUCUGCAGAGAGAAAGAGACGACUACCUGUGUGGUUUGCCAAAGGAAGUGAUAUCAGCAAGAAAUUAAUGGACAAAACGAAAAGGGGAGGUCUUUUUAGUUAAGCUGGCAAUUACCGGAACAAUUAUGUUUCUUGCUGUAUUAUAAGAGGAUAGCUAUAUUUUAUUUCUGAAGAGUAAGGAGUAGUAUUUUGGCUUAAAAAUCAUUCUAAUUACAAAGUUCACUGUUUAUUGAAGAACUGGCAUCUUAAAUCAGCCUUCCACAAUUCAUGUAGUUUCUGGGUCUUCUGGGAGCCUACGUGAGUACAUCACCUAACAGAAUAUUAAAUUAGACUUCCUGGAAGAUUGCUUUAAGAAACUGUUACUGUCCUGUUUUCUAAUCUCUUUAUUAAAACAGUGUAUUUGGAAAAUGUUAUGUGCUCUGAUUUGAUAUAGAUAACAGAUUAGUAGUUACAUGGUAAUUAUGUGAUAUAAAAUAUUCAUAUAUUAUCAAAAUUCUGUUUUGUAAAUGUAAGAAAGCAUAGUUAUUUUACAAAUUGUCUUUACUAUCUUUUGAAGAAGCUCUUAAAUACGUUGUUAAAUGGUAUUAGUUGACCAGGGCAGUGAAAAUGAAACCACAUUUUGGGUGCCAUUAAAUAGGAAAAAAACAUGUAAAAAAUGUAAAAUGGAUACCAAUUGCACUAGGCAAGUGUAUAUUUUGUAUUUUAUAUACAAUUUCUAUUAUUUUUCAAAUAAUAAAACAAUGUUUUUCAUACUGAAUAUUA